AUGUCUUCCAAAUUUGAUUUUCUCAACGAGCUCGAUAAUAGCCGAGGAGUUGGAUGGAAUGUCCGAGUUCGUCUUCUACGCGUGUGGACAAAGAUGGAUUUCAAUGAUGAUAAUGAAGUCUCCAUGAUUGAGAGCGUAUUAAUCGAUGAAAAGGGCAAUAGGGCCGUUGCUGAAAUUAAAAAAGACCUAAUAUACAAGUUUCAAGAUCCCAUGAAGGAGAGAGAGUACAAACGAAUAAGCCAUUUUGCUGUGCUCGAAAGUUGCUAUCAGGUUGAUGUUGCAUACAAGAAUAAUUGCAAGUUCGACCAAAUCUACAGUCUUAGAGAUACUACAUUAGAUACGAGAACCCAAGCUGCUGAAGUGCCUGACGGUUUAUUCAACAAGUUUCCUCAUGAGAUCACUCUUGGAAAACCAACCGAUCGAGCCUCUAAUAGUCUUCUCAUGAUCGAAUAUUUUGCAUCUACAUUUGGUGUACAAUUUCUUAAUCUGUACGAGAGAGGAGAUGAAGGGGCGAAUUUUGAUCAUGGAGUCAACUUUGUUGUCGGGGGAGCUAUACCGCUUUACCAGUUGAGACCUUACAAGCUAAGGGUAUUCUACCUCACGAUGAAAAUUUUGAGGGUUGGAUCGCAACCAAAGAUCUUCAUCUUCACUUCGCCACCAAUAGUUUGCUCAACGUGCAAUUAG